UUGUUACUAUAUAUUUUUUAUUUUAAUUAGGGUUCACAAUUUCUUUGUUAUCAAACGCCUCUUCAAAGCCUCUAAAAACUUCUUCAAGCUACGCUCAAAUCCUCUCUACGGCUGUCUGCUUUCCCCCUCUCAGCUCCGCUCUGCUUCGCGUCUCUCGAUUCAGUGGUAUUUGUAUAUACGUUUUAUGGUACUGAUCUAGCAUGUCCAACGAUCUGGUAUCUCAGCAAUUAACGAUACCUGGUAACCAAAUGGCUCAGCUGGAACCCAUUUCCAGCAAAUUGGAAGCACCGAUGUCCAUGGGGUUGAUGGGAUUUGGAACCAGUGGAUCUCUACAGCAGCAGAUACCUUCGAGUAUGCCUAUAGGGCAGAUGGGAUCUGUGUCAAAUGAUCUUAGGUCGCAGUUAUCAUCAAUGUCAAAACAGAAACCUGGACAGAUUGAGUCCCAAACGUAUUCUCAGCUAUCACGGCAGUAUUUAAUGCCUAAUAAGCCAGUAGGAGAAACGAGUCCCACCAUGUUGGAUACUCUGAGACCACAUCAAUUACCAACUUUGAGCAAGCGUAAGGCACCAAUGGAACCAAUUUCUACGGAUUCUGUCCCACAGAAGUUACCAGUACCAAACAAACGAGUUGCACAAAUGGAACACAGGCCUUGGUUGCAACCAAUAUCUGCACCUAGUAAAAGAACUGUACAGAUGCAGUCUGUUUCCAACACGCCAGGAUCACAGCCUUCUCCAGCAUCGAUUAAGAGAUCAGUUCCAAAUAAAACAGGGUCAUCCGCUUCAAGGAAUCAGCCUGGACAGAUGAGGUCGUCUCCAAAAGUUCAGACUGAGUCAUUUGAAUCUGUGAGGUCCAAGAUGCGGGAAUCAUUAGCUGCUGCCCUAGCCUUGGUAUCUCAACAGCAAGGUGAAAACUCAAAGGUGGAGAAGAAUUCUAAUGGUGAAGCUGCAAGUUCCCCUGGGAAGACACAGGAGAGUACUAACCCUGUUGAUUCUAAUUCUGGUAAUGCUGAUGCUGUUGGCUCUAUGUCUGCAGAACCUCAGGGGAUAUUGCUUUCCAGUCAGGAUGGUGCUGGUGGUGGGAAUAUUAGUGACACUACAAAAACUUUGAAAUGUGAUGGGCAGCAAUUUCAAUCAAGCAAUCUUUUGCCCAAUGAGGAUGUUCCAUUUAGUGAUAAUAUUUUUGCAAGAGAUGAACUUUUGCAGGGAAAUGGUCUUUCUUGGGUAUUAGAACCUGUAAUAGAUGUGGCAGAGAACAAGGAAAUUGAAACUUUUGGGAAACAAAACCCUGUUAAUGAAAAGAUAGGAGAAAUUGCUGCAGAAAAAUCAGUACAGUCUCCACAAGUUUUGGCAUAUCAAAUUGAAGCAGAACUAUUUAAAUUAUUUGGAGGUGUGAAUAAAAAGUAUAAGGAGAAGGGCAGGUCUUUAUUGUUCAACUUAAAGGAUCGUAAUAACCCUGAACUCAGAGAAAGAGUUGUGUCAGGUGAAAUUUCCCCAGAACGACUAUGUUCUAUGAGUGCUGAGGAUCUAGCUUCUAAAGAGCUUUCUCAGUGGCGACAAGCAAAGGCAGAAGAGCUUGCUCAAAUGGUAGUUUUGCCUGAUACAGAAGUUGACAUUAGACGAUUAGUGAAAAAAACACAUAAGGGCGAGUUUCAAGUGGAGGUUGAACAAACUGAUAGUGCUUCAGUGGAAGUUUCUGCUGCUACUUCAAUUAGUCGGCGACCAAAAACUGAGGCAAAACAAGGUCCUACAACUGGUAAAACUGUUGGAAAGAAAAAUGGAUCAGGUACUGCAGGUGAAAAGAGUAAUAUAGAGGACCCUGAUCUUACCAUUACCAUUCCUUCAAGCGAAGGGCCUGAUCCAAUGCAAGGGUUGAUGGGAGAAGAUGAAUUGAAGGAUGCAGAUUUUCUUCCUCCCAUUGUUUCCCUUGAUGAGUUCAUGCAAUCUCUUGAUUCAGAGCCACCGUUUGAGAAUUUACCUAGUGAUGCUCGGAAAGCAACAUCCAUUUGUGAUAAGGAUGACUCAGAAGCUGGGUCUGAUUCAAAGUCUUCUGGUCGAGCUUCACAAGAUCCUGUUGAUACUAUGCCAGAUAAACUUGAAACUAUUGAUGCGAGCAACGUGAAGUCUGAUGCAGAUGUCAAGCCAAAUGACAUUCCUGCAAAAACAGGAACUACUGUUUCUGUAGCCACUUUGAAGGGUGAACAUGUCUGGGAAGGGUUGCUCCAGCUGAAUAUCACAGCCAUGACCUCUGUCAUUGGUACUUUUAAAAGUGGUGAAAAAACUUGUACAAAGGAGUGGCCUAGCUUGCUAGAAAUCAAGGGCAGAGUCAGACUUGAUGCAUUUGAGAAGUUCCUCCAAGAGCUUCCCAUGUCCCGGAGUCGUGCUGUAAUGGUGGUUCAUUUUGUUUGCAAGGAGGGAUCAGCCGACAGUGAGCGUGGGAGCCUGGUUGAGGCGGCUGAUUCGUAUAUUUUGGAUGGGAGAGUGGGUUUUGCUGAGCCUGCCUCUGGAGUGGAACUUUAUUUUUGUCCACCUCAUGCCAAAACACAUGAAAUGCUCAGCAAGAUCCUCCCGAAGGACCAACUUGAGGCUCUUAAUGCUAUUGACAAUGGUCUAAUUGGAGUUGUUGUAUGGAGAAGAGCUCAAUUAAUAUCACCCAACUCAACUUCACACCAUAAACACACCUCAAAAAAGCAACACCUCACUUCUAGGAGACAGCAAGAAAAGGAUGCUAACAUGAAUACUAAUUUUCCAUCAAAGCCUACUCUUUCCCAUGGUGGACCUCCUAUCUAUUCCAAACCCUCUCUUGAUGACAACGACGAUGAUGAUGUUCCCCCUGGAUUUGGUCCUGCCACUACUCGGGAUGAAGAUGACUUACCUGAGUUUAAUUUCUCUGGUGGCUCAAACCCAUCGGGGCCUCAAUACCCCACUGGGUACCAAUCCCAACGAGUGGGGAUAGUCUCGGCUCAUUCACAUUCUCAAACAUCGUCUCGUCCUGUUGAUCAAAUGAGGGAGCUCGUACAAAAGUAUGGGCAACCAAAUACGAAUGCGUCCCUAGGAGUUUCAAUGCAACCGUGGAAUGAUGAUGAUGAUGACAUACCCGAAUGGCAGCCUCAAAUAUCCCAACAACAGCAGCUGCAGCAACCAACCCAAGUUCAUAGAUUUCAACAGCCAAUGCAUGUGCCCCAGCAAUUACCCCACCAGACGUUGUCGACCAUGCAUGUGCAAGGUCAACAGAACACAACUCAGUCGUGGCAGCAGGGAACUUGGUGGGUUCCUACGUCUGGCUCUCAAGGCCAACAAUUUGUCAAUGGAGCUCAAUUUUACGGGGCAGCAGUAGGAACUGGGCAGCCUGCCUGGCGAAAGGAUCCUCCACACAGUAGAGGCUUUUAGUUUCGUCUUUUGUACAUGCAAUGUGAUUGUUGCUGUUUUAUUUAGCUGUCCUCUAGGUUUUUUGUAACCUUGCAUGUUUGCAUUACAAUAGUAGUUUCUUAAAGCAAACUUCAGAAUUUGUGUUCUUCUCAGGCAACGGCCAACGUGGGCUUUAACCGAACCACGUUUUAAAGCGGACAUGGCUACCACAAUUCAACUAAGAUUUUCACAACAUUUCCUUGAAA